CCUCAUUUCAAUGAUAUUGGAUAGUGAAAUUAUAAACGUCUCACUUUUGAUUGGAUUUGGACACUUCUCUAUUAUCGUCACAUAACUUUAAUGAACCUUAAUUUCUAUUGUCAUGAAUAUUAAUCUGAAUAUUUGCAAUGUAACUAUUACUGGGUUAGCAUUUUUCUUUCUUUUCGCUGCAUUUCAAACAGCAUCCUUGACUGCACAAAAUGUUUUGGAAGCUGUCUCAAAACAGCGUAACAACAGUUUUGAUGGCACAGGUUACACUAGCUUAGCAAUUGUGUAUAUCUCAUUUGGUUUAUUCAACUGGUUUGCACCAAUUGUUGUAAUGUAUCUGGGAGAAAAAUAUUCUAUGAUCGCUGGUUCAUUUUGUUAUGCUUUAUACAUUGCUUCUUAUAUUGAACCAUUUGAGUGGAGCCUGUAUUCGGCAUCUUUGGUAAAUGGAAUCGGUGCAGCAGUGUUGUGGACUGCUCAAGGUGCAUUCAUUACCGAUUGUUCUACCAAAUCUAAUUUAAAUCAACAUUUCAGUCUGUUCUGGGGAUUAUUCCAAGCUAAUCAAAUAGUCGGUGGUUUGUACGCUUACCUAUCACUAUCGAAUAUAGAUGAAAUCUCUCGCACAUUACGUAUUCGGCUUUAUGGUGGAUUGUUGGGAUGUGCUAUUUUUGGAAUUUUAUUAUUAUUCACGCUGAGAAAGCCUCAUAAAACAGACAUUUCACACCAGCAGUUAAUUAAUAUGGAGAUGAAUUCCUCUGGUGAUAACUUGAGUGAAUUAACUCCAGAUUACUCAACAAUACAAAAUCGUUCGACAGUUUUUCAGUCGACUUUACACUCUUUACGUAGGUCGGUUAAAAUUCUAAUCACAAGACCAAUGAUUUGCAUUCUUGUGGCAGCAGCAUUUACUGGUAUUAAUUUGACGUUCUAUUCAAGUCUAUAUGCUUCUGCGUUAGGACAUUGUUUACAUUUCGGUAGAAAUGCAAAGUCUUAUAUUGGAUUAGCUGGCCUGUUUAUUGGGAUUGGAGAAAUUGUCGGUAGUUUCUCUUCACAUUUAACUCGGUGGAUUCGUUUAGAAGGAGUUCUAGUUAUUUUUGGUUACAUCAGUGCAAUUGUAGCUGGCUAUUUCACUUUCAUGAUGUUACCGACAAACAGUUCUAUAAAAGAUACGGAUGAGCUGUCUUAUAUUACUCCUAAUGUCUAUUUGGCUAUGCUCAUAGCAUUUUUGUUUGGUGGUGUGGAUUCCGUGUGGAACACACAAAUUUCUACUUUAAUUGGUUUCAUUUAUGGUGAACAUGGAAGGGAUGUUACAGUUGGGUUUGCUUUAUUCAAAUCUGUUCAAUCUAUCGUAUCGGGAAUUGCUUUUGUCUAUAGCACUUACCUACUAUUACACUGGCAAAUACUCAUUUUUGUUGUAAUGGCUACUAGUGGUUUGUAUUGCCUACUCAGUGUCUAUUGGUCACAUCUAUCUCGCUCAGUAAAUUUGAUCGCCUAGACUGAACGAGCUUCUCCAUGCUAAUGUAACAAAACAUUAACACCUCAGUGCUCAAUAUAAAGUUAACUGUGAUUACUCUUGAAAACCAUCUUGUCGUUAUUACUUAUCCUUUUCUAAAUUGACAAUGUUGAAGAAUUGUUUGCAUAGGAAAUUGGCUUUUGUGCACAUUUUCUUUCCUAUGUUUUUUUUAUUUAUUCAGUUUGUUCUCAACUAUCGAUGAAUUUUAUUGCAAUCACGAUUAAAAAUCAUUACGACUU